AUGAAAUUAUUCUGUUUUUAUAUUGUUGCUUACAUCCAAGCUUUCAAUUUACACUUUGCAUCUGAUCCAAAAGCUCUUUGUCUAGAUGGAUCGCCAGCAGUAUUAUUUUAAUAGAUAUAUAAUUAGUCCUAUUAUAAAGCUGAAGGAUAUGGGACUGGGGCAAAAUAAUAUAUUCUGCAUUUCUAAGGAGGAGCGUAUUUAUAUAUUAAUAAAUAUUUUAGAAGGAUAGAUGGAUCAACUUAAGAUUAAUUGAUUCAAUCAGCAUAUUUAAGGUUCAUUUUGAAAAUAUUAAUAGAUCUAAAACAUAGUUGGGAAGCUCCAAAGAUUUGAAUAAAUAGAUGUUGUUUAAUGGAAUGUUUUCUAGAUCAUAAAAUAAAAAUCCAUAUUAUUAUAAUUGGAACUUAAUUCACUUUAAUUAUUGUGAUGGAUCUUGUAAUAAUUUAUAAUAUAUUUCAAGUACACUAAGGAUAUAAAUCUGAUCCUAUUGAAUAUUUAGGAACAUAAUUGUAUUUUAGAGGUGACGUAAUUGUGAAGUCAUUUAUUUCAGACUUGUUUCAAGAACUCUCUACAGCUGAUACAGUAAUUGUAUCUGGUUGUUCUGCUGGUGGAAAUGCAGCUUAUUUUUGGAUUGAAUAUAUCAGAGCAUUAUUACCAUAAAAUGUAACAGUUUAUGGAGUUCCAGAUUCAGGAAUGGCAUUAAACUUAUUAGCUAUAGAUGGAACAGAUUAUCCAACUGAAUCACUUAUUUAAUUAAUUGAUUUAGUAAAUAUUGAAGUUACACAUCCAAAUAAAUAAUGUGUUGAGAAGUACUCAAAAGAAAGUUGGAAAUGCUAUUAUGCUUAAUAUUUAUUUGAAUUUAUUAAAACCCCUUUAUUUAUUAUCUAAUCUAUGUACGAUUAUUUUAGUCUGACUGUAAGAUUUAAAAUAGAUUGUGCAAAAAACUAUACAUUAACUAAUUGUUCUAAAGAAGAAUUAGAUUUUGCAUAAAACUUAUACAAAUAAAAUUAUGAAAUCCUAAGUUAAAGAAAAAAGGAUUAUCCUGAAACAGGUGCAUUUGCUCCAAGUUGUUUAGAGCAUUGCUUUUUAUUAAGAGAUUAUUAUGAUUCUUCUGAUUGGGAAGUUCCUGGAGAUUCAGGAAAUACUAUCUAGGUAGCUCUAAAUAAUUGGUUAAAUUCUAAAACAAAUCCAGAAGAUAAUUUUUAUGUUGAUAAGGUAGAAUGGCCAGAUAAUAAAAAAUGUUCCAAUAGUGAUUACAAUAAUUAUUCCCCUCUAUAUGUUUUGAGUAUUCUAUUGAUAUCACAUAUUAUUUGA